CUCGACACUGUCACAGGAUGGCCACGGCAUUCUGACGUGUCACAUGUAUACUCUGUGAGCAGACACGCCCCCGACACCGGCACCGACCGUACGUAAACUGUAUACAUUGAGCGGGGCAGGCAUGUGGUGCACGUGACUCGUCGGCGUACUGUCAAGGACCUUCACUGAACCUUGACAGUGAAUGGGUGGUUCGUUAUGGUACUUAUUUAAAUAACAAAACACGCUAAUUUUCGUAUCAAUUCGUUCAGACAUCAAGGCUACGGGUGCCGUCUCGUCUCUGGCUCCGCCACUGCGGCUCGGACCCGAUAGGUUAUCGGCGCCCGGGCGGGCCGCGCGGAGCUCCGAUAGCCUCCGGAGUCCGCUGCCACUCCUCAUUGUGUCACCAUGGGGCUGAUGCAGAGGCUGCGACGCUCCUUCAGAGCUCCCAAACGCUCUGACGCCGGCAAAUCUUCUGUAGCCAGCACGUCCGUAAAAUCAGCACCGGCCGCCUCGCGCGCGUCCACCACAUCGUCGCCGUCCCGUCUCAGCAGUGGAGUGAAACCAGUCCCGCCCCCAGCGGCGCCGGCAGCGAGCGGCGCUAAAACUGCGCCGGAAACAGUCGGGCCGAGCGCGGUCGACGGACAGGCGAGAAGCGGCGGCAGUGGUGAGGGGAGUGGUGUCGUCAGUGCUGGCGGCAGUGGUGCUAGCGGAGCACAAUGUUGUGACGUUUCUGGCUCUGGUCCGAGGUCAAACAGAGCCGAGUGCGCGGCAGUUCCGAAUGGCACGGUCACUGGCGCUGGCGGUGCGGCUGCGAGCAGUGCAGACUCGGUCGCAGUGCAGCAGCUGGCGACUCAGGUCAGUGAGGUGAGGGCCGAGCUGGCCAGUCUGAAGGAGCUGGUGCACAGUCUGGAGGCUAGGGUAAGCAGGGGUGUGGUAGCGCCGCGCCGACUGCCGCGAGCCAACUCGUACCAGCCGGGCACCAAGUCUCUCGUCACCAGCUCCGUGUCGCUGGAGGAGGGGCCCGACUGUGUGCUCAGCGACGAGGAGUUUCAUGACGCGCUGGCCGUCAGCCUGCUGCAUCUGGAGCAGGAGACUGGAAAGAGGGACGAGCUCAGGAGGAAGAAGAGUGCAGAGAUGAAGGAGGAACAGCUCAGACGACAGAAGGAACAGGAAGAUGAAGAUGCUGCCAAGGAGACGAAGCAGGAAAAUGGCGAAAACACCCAGGAUGGAGCCAAAGAGAAAGAGAAUGUCGAUCAGUCUAAGGACACAGCCAGAAAGGACAGCAACGGCGAACAACAGGGCGAAGAAAGUAAGGACGAAUCCUCGAAAACCGAAACUCAGCCACCCACUAACGCUGUGAAAGGACCAGCGAAGCCGCAGCGGUCUCUAUCAAGAGAGCCGGACACUGUCGACUCUGGCGGUGUCAGUGUGCCGGUGCCGGUGCCGCCGGCGGCCGCGCCGCGCGGGGGCUGUUCGGGCAACUGUUCUCAGCUGGGCCAUCCUCUGGCUGCCGAGAUUGAGCGAGUGGUCACCGAGCAACUGGGACUGGUGUCGUCAGAUGUCUCGGACGGCUGGACGCUGUUCGCGCAGCAGGGCGACAUGCGCAUGUACCGAAUGGAGCUACCGGCUGACAACAAGUCGGUCGACCCGCUGAAGGCCGUCUCCAAGGCGGACGGAGUGACAGCGCGCGAGCUGUGCCGCGCCUACUGGGAGCCGACGGUGCGUCUCGACUGGGAGACCACCGUCGACCGUGUGACUGUGCUGGCGCGGCCUGACCCGAGCACGGUCAUCUGCCACCAGCUGCACCGACGCAUCUGGCCCGCCCAGCAGCGCGACACCGUGUUCUGGUCACACCUGUGCCGGCGGCGUAUCGGCGACCGUGAGUGGUCCAUCACGGUCAACCACUCGAUCUCCGGUCACCCGGACGAGCCGCCGGCGCCGGCCGGAGCUGUGCGUGCAACCAUGACCGCCACCCUGGCCGGAAUGGACGAACAGGAGGUGAGCGGAGACCGGCGCCGGCUGCGCUGCCACGUCGCGUACAGCUCGCACGUGAACCCCGGCGGCUGGGCGCCCACCACCGGCCUGCGGCUGGUCUACAAGCGCGAGUACCCGCGCUUCCUACAGCGGUUCACUACAUAUGUGACGCAGAAGAGCCGCGGAAAGCCAGUGGAACCGUGAUAGGGAAUGGGAGAUUGAGUGGGGCUUGCGGCAGCGAAGGAGGGGUGAACCAAGUGUGAUAUGGAUGGAUGAUCGAUAGUGGUGUUGAAUGAAGUGUUAUUUGAACAUAGCCAACAUGUAAUCGAGCUGAUAAUUGUUCCUAGAAAUGAAAUACAAACAUAUACAAGUGCG